GCUGUUCUGUGCAGGCAGGCAGGCGGUUGAGGACAGGCCCGUUUCUUUGUCAGGCUAGGCCUUGUAGCCAUCAUCACGUCUCCAUAAAGCUUGUUCGUUCUGGUUUUCGGUCUGUGAAUUUUAAUGUGUUAGUGCUUGUGUUGUACUUCAGCUAAUGAAACCAGCUCAGUUGGAUCUAAUAAGCAUCUGUUGUAUCCAUACUCGUCUAGAUCAACCUGAAUAACGGGGCUUUCUAACGACCGCCAUAGUUGGAUGUGUGUAGGCUUAAUAUAUCCACUAUGGGUGCCGCGUCGUAAGGAUGUAGCCUUUUUUCUGACAUCUUUUUUAGUGUAGCCUCUAAUGGACAUUUUGAAUUCUCUACUUUAGGGCUACGCUACUUAUUCUGCUAAUGAUUCCACUUGAUUCCAGUGGAAGUAAGGAAGGCUAAAAGGAUUAUACACAACAGAUGGACAAUGCAUUCUAUUACGAUGGUUUUAAUAGUGAAAUAUUUCGCUUGAUUGUUACUGUGGUGUUAUUUUCCUGUUGUAAAGGAAUAAGUAUAAACUAGCUUUUUUUUUUCACUAAUCGUCUGUAGCAGUGGACAUUUUAACAGAAUCUCUGUUCUUUUUUGCUCUGAUUAUACACAAAUAUAGUUCAAAAUGAGUAACGAUUUAGAAGCCUUGCGGCAAGAAACAGAACAGUUAAAGAACCAAAUUAGAGAAGCCAGAAAAGCAGCUGGUGAUACAACUCUAGCACAAGCAUGCAGCGGAGUGGAAGCAGUAGGCAGGAUACAGAUGAGAACCAGGAGGACGCUCCGGGGUCAUCUCGCAAAAAUCUAUGCCAUGCAUUGGGCUUCAGACUCUAGAAAUUUAGUGUCAGCUUCUCAAGAUGGUAAAUUAAUAGUCUGGGAUGGCUACACAACAAACAAGGUUCAUGCCAUCCCACUUCGCUCAAGCUGGGUGAUGACCUGUGCCUAUGCUCCCAGUGGCAAUUUUGUGGCUUGUGGAGGUUUAGACAACAUCUGUUCAAUUUAUAGCCUGAAAACACGUGAAGGAAAUGUUAGGGUCAGUCGAGAACUCCCGGGGCAUACUGGAUAUCUAUCAUGCUGUCGUUUCAUUGAUGAUAACUCCAUUGUUACUAGUUCAGGAGAUAUGAGUUGUGCUUUAUGGGAUAUAGAAACUGGUCAGCAAACAACUUCUUUUACUGGGCACACAGGUGAUGUGAUGAGUCUAUCCACAUCCCCCGACUUUAGGACAUUCGUCUCAGGGGCUUGUGAUGCUUCAGCCAAAUUAUGGGAUGUAAGAGACGGAAUGUGCAAACAAACCUUCUCAGGCCAUGAAUCAGAUAUUAAUGCAAUUACUUAUUUUCCCAACGGACAUGCGUUUGCCACUGGUUCUGAUGAUGCCACAUGCCGCCUGUUUGAUAUUCGUGCGGACCAGGAGAUUGGCAUGUACUCUCAUGACAAUAUAAUCUGUGGCAUCACGAGUGUGGCCUUCUCAAAAUCUGGCCGCCUGUUGCUGGGCGGUUACGAUGAUUUUAAUUGUAAUGUCUGGGAUGUGCUCAAGCAAGAACGCAUUGGUGUUCUUGCUGGUCAUGACAAUCGUGUCAGCUGUUUGGGUGUGACUGAAGAUGGCUCUGCUGUGGCCACAGGAUCUUGGGAUAGCUUUUUGAAGAUCUGGAACUGAUGUGGAUGUGGUUAUUUAGCCACACAGUCAGUGCCAUUUCAUACCACCCAUCACACCACCAAAUGCCACAUGCGCCACUCCAAAUUGUCAGUCAUUUUGUCGCAACUUUAUUUCUACACUUUAGUUCUUACACUUGCUUCCAUAUAUUUUCACAAAAUUGACAACAUUAAUUAUAUCAACAUUUUAGUUUUCAAACACAAGAACUUUUAUUUAAACAGACAAAACUAAACACAAAUUCAGCAGGUAUUUGAGCCAUGAGUAAAGCUCUAUGGAUAAAAAUCUAGCUACAAAACUACAAUAUUGAAUAUGACUGUGUGUGAAGAACGACAUUUCGUAUGAUCAUCAUUUGAAUUGUGAAGAAGAAAUUUUGUAGGGCACUGCACAUUUCUGACAAUUUUGUCCACCAGUGUGUAUUAGUAGUAGUUUACUUAAUUUUUUAUGUUUUGAAUGGGUUACUUUUCAAAUCUCCUUGCCCCAUUUCACAACAUUGACAGACAUUUAUCAAAGACUAGGAGUUAACUUAUUUUUAACUCAAAGAGGAUGAUUUCUAGUACAGCAUGGAAGGAAUAGAUAUUUUGAGAAGAAAGUACUGUUUCAUUUAGAAAGUAGUAUUGGAAACAAGGCAAGUCUACAGUGUUUCUGAUUUUGAUCAUGAGGAACUUUAAAAAUAUAGCCUACCCACGUUGUCAGAUUGUGUUUCUGUGAGUAGAAGUGUGAUUUACUGAUGUAAUGCAAAAACAGAUGCUAUUGGAAGGAACCAUUUUCAUACAGUUUCAUUUAAUAAUUGGAAAAGAGAAUUUUUAACCAUGUUUCACAUAAGAUACAGGGAAUGACAAUUGUGCCGAUUGCUUACUGGUUGUCAGAUUUACUGGUUAUCUUAGAAUAACAAAUUUCCUCUAGUAAUCGUGGAACAAGCUCAUGUGGUUAUUGUACAAGCACAAAACACUGCUUUCAACAACUGGCUAUAAAGCAGCUCUCUUGAGAACCAUCAAAAUUACAGUAGCAAAACAUAACUGAUAUUCCUUCCCUAGUCUUGCUCAUCAUGUUGUCAUGGACUCUAUCUGGGCCAGGUAACAUGACAUCAUCCUCAUGCGACAUGACUCUGACUUACCUGCCUAGCUGUGUGUGUCGGUGAUGUGGUUGAUGAUGGGCUGCCUCUUUGGAGUAUUUUACUCUUUGUUCAAUUUAUAUGAACAUUCAUGUUUUGUUUUUCCUGUUAAUACUAUAAAUAAAUACAUGUUUAGUUGUGUGUCUGUGGCUUGAGAACUGUUUAGAAUUUUUAUUUUUAAGUAAAAAUUAAAGAAAUUUAGUAUGAUUUGAUUUAAGCAAUUAGAUAUCGACCUAAAUCUAUUUUCAUUUCUGGAGACUUUGUAGUCUCUUGCAAUUUUUAUGAGACAAAGCAAUUUAGAACCCUAUAAUUUACUAAAGUUGAUAAUUUAAACAUACAUGAUCAUUCCAUGAAAAAAUGUAACAUCAUAAAAUCAAUUUGAAAUAAAAUUGUCACCAAAUGCUUGUAUCUUCUGUUAAACCUUGUUUGGGUUCUAAUUGUUAGUAACUUUCUCAGUCCUGGUCACAUUAUCUGUCUAGUCCUGGACACAUCAACGCCAGUUUGGCUUAGUGGAAAAGUAUUUAGGCUGCUUGGUUGUAUGAUGACUGAAUCAAAUUAGUAAGGGAAGAAAUAUGCACUAUCAUUUUAGGUGUUAGAAUGUGCCUGGAUGCUCUUGUCAUAAUCUAUCAAUCAUAUGUAUGCCUCUUGUAGACAUAAAUUUAUGUCCAAUUACAUCUAUAAAAUGCAUUUCUGUUAGUGUGUUAAUAUAUAUUUAUGUAUUACCUUUUUUGUUUGGUUUGAUUCAAAGUGAAAAAAAAUAUAUUGUGGAGUAUGUAAACUUAAUAAAAAGUUUAAUGAAUAUGCUCUAAUACUUUUUUUUUUACUUUUUUUAAAGCAACUAUUUUUGUUCAUCAAAUUUGUUUAAUUCUUACAGUAUGCUUCAAUAUAGAGUAGUCUUUCUUGCUACUUUUUUUAAAAAAAUAACAUUCUGUUGUGUUUGUAUAUCAUAGCACAUGCUAUGUCAAGACAGGAUAAUUUUUUUCUGUUCACAGUAUUCAUAUUUCUUUAUGGUUUUGUCUACUCAUAUAGAGCAAAAAGCGAUACAAAUCUAUUUUUGUUCUGGUAUAUAUCAUUUAAGUUUACUUUGUUUUGACAGUAAAGGUGUUUAUUGUGCCAGUUUUGUAUGUUGUCUAAUAAAUAUCUUUGAGAUUAGUGAGUUCAACUGUAGUACUUAUACUGUGUUAUACAGCUAUGUAAAGUGCAUAAAUAAUAAAAAAAAAUUUCAGUCAUAAUAUCACUGAGACAUCUUUUUUUUUCUAAAAUUUCUACUGUAAAUUAGCAGGAUAAUAAACAGUUUUUAAAAAUAAUUGUCACCUUAAAAUGUUCUUAAAAGUUCAGUGUUUUUUUUUGUUUCAUUCAGUGUUUGUAUUUGAAAGAAAAUUGUGAAGAUCUGGAGUCAAUGAUACAUGAAAUAAUGCCUUAUGUAAUCAAAUAAGUUAAGAGGUAAUAGGUGUGGUAUUGAAAUCAAGAUGAAGAAGCAGUCUAUGACAGCUGGGGGCUGUUCACACACCAAAAGUUAGGCCAGUGACACUUGAUUUACUUAGUGCCAUAAGUUAGCAAGGACACUGAUAUAUUUUUCUUUACGUGGUGCAUGAGAUCCAAGUGCCAUGGUAAUAAAAAUUAACAUUGGGUUUAGCAAGUAAAUUGGUGCACAUUAUUCAGUUCUUGAUAUUGUUAGAAUAUUCAGUUGGGUGUGUGAAGUGGUUUGGAAUCUUGGUUUGUCUUGUUUUACUUAACCAUGUGCAGCCUAUUGGGUACUGUAUAAUGUGUUCUAGGUUGCACCGCCUGCAACAGUGGAAACCAUAAUGACCCAUUAAUACUGUUAUUACACUGUUAUAAAUCAAUACACAUAUAACUGGCUUAUUUUUUUUUCAUUUAGGUUUGUAAUUUUUCACAAUUUUCUUGACUGUAUCUAGUUCAUUUUUGCCUGUUUAUCUAAAAAAAAAAAAUCUUUAAUGCAUCAAAUCUUAAAGAUAAUCCUUUUUAUUUUAUAAUUAAAAAUUGAAUUGAGAAUGAAAUGGUUAUGAUUAGGAUUUUUUCUUAUGAACAGAUUAAAGAGGAGCAUCAGUUAUGUGCUGUUUGUGUGUGCAACUGUUUUUCUUUACAUCCCAGCUUGAGAUGGCUGACCAUCUAGUAUUUAUUAUGUUCUGUUUUAUUGGCUUUGUUUUGAAAUAUUUCUUUCUACCAAAAGACACUUUUUGUCAGUGUGUGUGUAAGGACUACGUCUGAGGGCAGUUUUAUGUUUUUGCUUUCACUAUCAAACUCAUUGCAUCUUGUCAGCAAGUUUUGUGGUUGAACAACCACGCCUAGGUUUUUAUGUAGAUUUUGUCCUGUUUGAACUGGAAUGAAAACAGAAUAUGACCAUGGAUUUGUUUUUUUUUAAGUCACCAGGUGUUAGACCAAGCUAGCUUCUAGUGUUUUUUGAUAAUGACAUUCUGCCUGUAUGAGCAUGGUGUCGCUGUCAUUUCGAUAUCACCCACUUCACCCUCAUCUUUAUUUCAUCUUAAAUAAUUUCAUACCGUCAUCUUUAUAUAAUACCAACAGGCUUGAAAGACAACCAAACUAAAAAAAAAAAACUUGAAUGAUUUUUUUAUUUUAUUUUUUAUUUUGAAAAACUAUAUACAAAAAUCCCACACCCAUUGAAGGGAGACUGAAAUUGUGAUGAAUAUGUAUUUACAAAAUACAAUAGUAUGCUUGAAGUUGUAUGUGUGAUUUUACAGGUGUGUCUAUUAUAUUGAUUGUUGCAGUUUGAUAUGUGCAUGUUUUGGUAUCAAUGUCAACUAAUUAAUAAUUAUGAAUUAAUUCAUUAUAUAUGUAAGUAACUGAUACUAUUCAGCUUGUCUGGCCUGUUGGUUUUAGGUUCUUGAAAUUGAAAUUUCACAUUUU